UGUUGCUGAUCAUCGCUCCCUCCGUCCGCCGCUGCCCCUGUGCCCUCCUGCUCUCUCCAGCCCCGCACACGGCGAGCCCAUCAUCGGCGAGCAGGAUGGCCACACGGAUCGGAUCUCACUGAAGGAAGUCUCAUGUAGAUGCCGAGCCAGAGGAGAGUCCAGGGAGUAGCAGCAGCAGCAGCAGCGGGGCCGUCGAUGCUCUCUUCUCAGCACCCACUCCAGCACCCCCCCAGGCUCCGGCCGGAGCGCCAGGAGAGGGAACAGACAGUGGCUCCUGCUCUGACUCAGAAGCUUCUGUAGACUCCAGCUCCUACACAGAAGAGGAAGGAGACGAGGAGGAGGAAGAUCGCAAUAUGUUUUCUUCCAAAUUCCUCAGUGGGACCAACCCGCUCAGUGCUGUGUCCUCUGCUGUCAACAAGUUUGGUCUAUUUGGCGAUGAUGGUGACGCGGACAAAAGCCAGAAAAGUGGAGAGCAUCAGACAGGUGCGGACCCCAGUAAAGGCCAACCACAACAGAAGGGAGCCCCGAAAUCCAACCAGGGCAGUCCUGUGCAGAGGAGCCAGCCACCUGCAAAACAGGGACCACCGCAGCUGCAUGGCAAUGGACAGGCGGGACCCCCGAAACAGCCUGAAGGUCAACCGAAAGGCUCGCAGCAACAAGGUGCAACCAAGCCCGGAGGUCCACCACACGCUCACGGUGACGUAGCUAGAGCGGGAACUAGAAUGCAAGAGCCCCAGCUCGGAACGGCCAAGGUUGGACAGCAACAGCAACAACAGGGAUCCCCUAAACCAUCCCCGCAACAAAAGGGAACACCUAAACUAUCCCCACAACAGCAGGGAUCCCCCAAACCAUCCCUGCAACAAACGGGGCAACCUAAACCAUCUGUGCAACAGCAGGGGCCCCCUAUACAAUCUCAGCAACAAUCAGGACUACCUAAACCGUCUCUGCAACAACAGGGGUCACCGAAGCCAUCCCCUCAAGAACAGAGUUACCCCAAAGUCACCCCACAACAGGCUUCAUCUAAGGGCGCAGCGCAGCAGGCCCAGCAACGAGGCCCAAAAGGACCCGUCAUGCCGGACCUUACGCGAGGGUCUUCAAUUUGUCCCGUUUGCAACACGACCAAACUCAAUAUGCACACCAAGGAAGCACCAAACCAUAAAGAGUGCACACGGUGUAAAAUUCAAGUGUGCAACCUGUGUGGCUUCAGCCCCCCAGACGCUGAUGCUUCCGAAUGGCUUUGUCUCACCUGCCAGAUAAAGAGAGUUGAAGGACCGAAAAUGCCAACGCCAUCCCCCUCCAAAAUGCCAUCGCCUGCUGAAUCAGGUUCACCCAACAGGACUCAAAAUACAUCAGCAGCCAAAAGUGAAGCACCUAAAGGCCAAGCAAGUCCCAAACAUACCGGCCCAGACUCCCAGAAACAACACCCAGAGAAAACCGGCCCAGGUGCAGCCAAUGAACAGGCGUCUGGAGGCUUGUUCGGCUUUGGUGCGUCGAAAACCACAAAGCCCGAGGAGUCAGUGACAGGGAAAAUGUUUGGAUUCGGUUCCUCCAUUUUCAACUCCGCAUCGACACUGAUAACCUCGGCGGUUCAGGAUGAGCCCAAAACCACAGCGCCAAUUUCUCCCAAACUGCAGACCAAACCUGCUGCCGUCCAGGAGAAGAAACUACAACCGGAAGAGGCCAGGGUUCCUACUGGAGGACGUUCUCCGUCGGACCUUCCGCAAUCACCCGUCCACGUUCUCAAAAAAGGCCAAUCCUCUUGUCCUCUUUGUAAGAUGGUGUUCAACAUGGGCUCCAAGGACCCUCCCAACUACAGCAACUGUACUGAAUGCAGGACCACUGUUUGCAACCAGUGUGGAUUUAACCCCAUGCCAAAUGUUAAGGAGGGCAAGGAGUGGCUUUGUCUGAACUGCCAGGUGAAACGUGCGACGAGAGGAAUCGAAUCUCCUAAAGACGACCAGUUGGCCACUUCCCCAUCGAAAAGGACUCCUGGACAGCCUGCACUGCAAAAGACUCCUGUGCCGGGCUCUCCACAGAGGACUCCGGGAGCACAGUCAUCUAAGGCUGAAGCUGUUAAAGCAAAAGACAGUCAGAAACAGGCCAGCCCAGCUCCUGCUCAGAAAGCACAGCAGGACAACGUGAAGGCAGAUCUCCAGAAAAAAACAGAGCAAUCACAAAAGCAGGACAAUGCCAAUGAAGCUCCACAGCAAGAGUCAGGUGGAUUCUUCAGUUUUGGCAGUCCUAAAAAGCAGCCCGACACUACUAAGCCUACCGAGUCAGUGACAGGGAAGAUGUUCGGAUUUGGUUCCUCCAUAUUCAGCUCUGCAUCCACUUUGAUGUCCUCUGCUGUGCAAGAUGAACCAAAACCGACACCAGAACCGGCUUCCCCCAAGAUGCCUGCUUCAAAAGGUUCCACUUCGGUAAAGAAACCAGAGCCAGAAAAGAAAACAGAACAAAGCCAGCAGCCGAAAGGAGACCAACUUUCAUCAGAGCCAACAAAGAACGCAUUGGUUCCCUUAGGUAUUUCCAAACCUGUUCAGUCAUCUUGUCCUGUCUGUAAAUCACACCUCAAUCUUGGCUCAAAAGAUGCGCCCAACUACAACACCUGUACAGAGUGUACAAACACUGUAUGCAACCAAUGUGGAUUCAACCCCGUGCCAAAUGUGAAGGAGGUGAGGGAGUGGUUAUGCCUCAAUUGUCAAAUGCAACGAGCCCUGGGAGCAUCAGAUCCUCCAGGAACACCCAUGAUGAUGAUCGCCAAGAAGGAGAAACAGCAAAAAUCUCAAGCGAAGGACAGCCCAACACCUGCUGAGUCCAAAGUGAAGGAGACUCCUCGAAAGGAAUCUGCAAAGACAGAUGUUGCACAAGAAAAAAGUCUCACUCCAGCUUUAGGUCCAAAAGCUCCAUCGGAAGACCAGAAGAAGGGACCUCAAAAGCCCUCGGAAGCAACAAUUACGUAUGGGCUAAAACAGACUAAUUCUGCUUCAAAGGCACAAGAAGAAUCCCGCAGUCCAAUACUCCAGGCUGACGCAGUCAAACCGACUGACUCAAUAGGCGGGAAAAUGUUUAGCUUUGGCUCUUCAAUCUUCAGCUCAGCAUCGACUUUAAUCAACUCAGCCGGCCAAGAGGAGCCUAAAACUACACCCCCGCUGUCCCCCAAAAUGCCUUCCACAAAGGUGACUAAAUCAGCUCUUGCUCAGGAGCAAGAACCGGAAAAGAAACAAGAGCCCAAAUCAUCCACAUUGUUACCAUCUAAACCCCCAUCAGAUCAUUCAAACGAGUUGUCUAUUUCCCAGAUUUCACCCAAAGAAGGACAAUCUACUUGUCUUCUAUGUAAGGUUGAACUUAAUUUUGACUCAAAGGAUCCUCCCAAUUACAGCAAAUGCACGGAAUGCAAAAAAACUGUUUGUAACCGUUGCGGAUUUAGUCCUGUGCCAAAUCUGUCAAAGGUAAAAGAAUGGCUAUGCUUGAACUGUCAGAUGCAAAGAGCUAUGAAUGCUUCUGAAACUCCAAUGAAACCACCCAAUGCAGUAAAUAAAACCCCUCCAUCAUCCAUACCUCAGAAGACAGUCAUUUCAAAUGAAGUUGAAAAAAACAAGAAGGAUAUAUUGAACUCUGACAUGCUUCCAAAAAUGCAGACUGUAGGACCUGGUAAUAUGAAGGACGGUUCCAUACUGAGUACACCCCAGAGGAUCCAGCCUUUAACUGCUAAAGAACCAGAACAGAAUAAACAGGGUACCCCAGUUUCUGACCAGGAACCUCAAAUGAAGUCAGGCUCUCAGAAACCAGCAGACCCGACCACUCAUUCUGGUCCAAAACAGAGCAAAGUCACUUCAGAUACCCAGAAACCAUACAACCAAUCUGGCUCGAGUGGCCCUAAAACCACUUCCGAUGCAUCCAAAACAACAGACUCAAUCACUGGGAAGAUGUUUGGCUUUGGUUCUUCCAUUUUCAGCUCGGCAUCUACUUUGAUAUCAACGGCUAUUCAGGAAGAGUCACGCACAACACCUCCAAACUCUCGCAAGAUGUCCGCCCCAGUGCAGGUCUCCUCAAAGAUGGCAGCUGGGCUUAACGUUUCUCCCAAAAGUACGUCAACGGGUUCCCCCAGCAAAAUACCAGCGAAAGGACACGGAAGUCUCGCUCAGGAGGUCAAGAAAAACGAAGAAUCAAAUCAGAGCAAGCAUCAUCAAGAUUCAUCACAGUCACCAAAAGCAGCCAUAAUGUCCCACACCCAUCCUAAUGGACACCAGGAAAACUGUCCACUAUGUCAUGUCAAACUAAACAUUGGCACUAAAGAACCUCCAAAUUACAGUACCUGCUCCGAGUGUAAGACUGUUGUCUGUGACAAAUGUGGAUUUAACCCAGUGCCCAUUGGAGAGAAAAAGGAAUGGCUGUGUCUUACAUGUCAGAUGAAAAGAGCAGUUGAAGCAUCUGGGCAACCAGUUUCUCAAAAUCAGGAUCAAGCAGCAAAUCGUAACGCUCCAGCUGCGGUCAAGUCAACAGACACCACCAAACCGAUUACAUCGCAAACAAAGUCAACUCUCAACACUGCUGAACACCCACAGGAAAAGUCAUCCACAGCUUCAGUUACGUCAAACAAACCUGAAACUUCCAUCACCUCAGUGAAGUUGGUUAGCCCAGCACCUGAUGCAAGAACACAACAGAAAAAUGAGAAGCCCGUUCCUGAGAAAUCACCAGAUCAGGCAAGCCAAAAUGGACACAAGCAGAGCAAUGCCACUUCAGCAAAUCAGCAAGAGACUGGAGGAUUUUUUGGCGUGGGUGCUACCAAAUCUAAGCCGAAUGCAGAAAAGCCUACUGAUUCAGUUUCAGGAAAGGUGUUUGGUUUUGGUUCUUCAGUCUUCAGCUCAGCAACUUCAUUAAUAACAACGGCUGUUCAGGAUCAGCCAAAGACCACUCCGCCAGCUUCUCCCAAAAGGUCCCCUGCGAAGGAGCUUAAAUCUGAUACUUCUCAGAAGCAAGAGCCGCAGAAGAAGUCAACAGAGUCAACACAGCAGGCUAACACCCCUCCAUCAGGUUCAACUACAGGAGAUAAUAAGACAACAAAACCUCCAAAGCCUGCAGAAGCUACCAAGUCAGCUGUUAAACCAGGUUCUACAUGUCCACUCUGUAAAGUUGGACUGCACCAAGCCAACUCCAAUACCUGCACUGAAUGCAAAAACACUGUAUGUAAUCAGUGCGGGUUUAACCCCAUGCCAAACGAAACAAAGGAGUGGCUGUGUCUCACCUGCCAGAUGCGGCAUGCUCUAGUUGCGAGCCAUCCCCCAGUAGCUGCGACUACCAACUCACAUGUACCCGCAAAAGAUGUCACGAGCACAGCUGAAACUGAAAAGAAAGUAGCAUCGAUAACAAUCUCACCUCAGAGACAACCAACAGUUGGGACAGCAACGCCUGCUGCAGCUUCUCUGGCUGCUAAUAAGCCAGAUGGUACGGAAGACAGCAUUUCAGCUCCUGUAAAAAAGACUCCACAGGAUCAUAAAAACAUACCAGGAGUCAGAACAUCACCAGGCCAGACAGGGCAAGCUGAACGUAAGAAGAGCAAUGCCACUGAGUCAGGAGGAUUUUUUGGUUUUGGUGGCAGUAAAACCCAACCAGACACUUCCAAGCCAGCAGAGUCAGUGACCGUAAAAAUGUUUGGCUUUGGAUCUUCUAUUUUCAACAGUGCCUCCACCUUGAUCAACUCAACUCCACCAGUUUCACCCAAGAUGUCCCCCACAAAACAGAGUCAACCCCCAACUGUCCAAAAGAAGGAGCAACAGACGAAGCCGGCUCAGAUGGCUAAAUCAUCCUCAUCCGAACAGACCAAAGUGAACAAAUCUCAAAAAGAUUUCCAGUCCAUCUGUCCACUUUGUAAGGCUGAACUCAACAUUGGGUCCAAAGAGCUACCAAACUAUGACAGCUGCACCAACUGCAAGAGUACUGUCUGCAAGCAGUGUGGAUUUAACCCAAUGCCAAAUGUAUCAAAGAAAAAGGAGUGGCUAUGUCUGACAUGCCAGAUGCAAAGAGCUCUCUCAGCAACAAAAGUAGCCGAGCCGCCGGUGAUGAAACCUCAGCCAUCACCCAAGAAAGUGACGACCCCAGCUGCUGCCACUCUCGAUCAAAUUAAAGAUACAAUUUCAACACAGAAAUCAGAUGUCCUGGACAAAAACCAGAAGGAUGAACCGACACCAGUACAAUUACAAAAGAAAGAAAAGAGCCCUGGUACUGUCUCAGGCCUGAUAAAAGAUAUUAAAACUGGAUCACCACCUACAAAGGAGGUUCAAAUCUCCUCGACACCUUCACCUGAAGAGAAGUCAACUGCAGGUUCAAUUGCUGACAAACCACUGACUGAACAAGCUUCUCCUGUCUGGACAGAUGUGGAAUCUUCAUUGAAGAAGAAAGAAGAUUGUCCUUUACCAAGCUCCCUCGCAACAACAGAGCCAUCAGAUAAGCAAGUGCAGGGAACGAUAGUAAAAUUGGUGGAUCAAGAUAAUAAACAGCCCUCCAAAUUCCCAAACAAGGAGCCUAACCUCAUUUAUAAAACAAUUGCCAAAUCAGCUCCCUCUGCAGUACAAUCAACUCAAGAAACAAGGAUUGAUGACAACAAAUCUCAAGAAGGUGUCUCCAAAACAGCCGAAGCAGUGUCCGGCAAGAUGAUGGGAUUUGGUUCAACCCUGUUGAGUUCAGCAUCAUCUUUGAUAACAUCUGCCGUUCAUGAGGAAUCACGCACGACACCACCGAGUUCUCGUAAAAUGUCCGCCGCGGCGCAAGGCUCAGAUAAAGUGUCAGCAUCUCAGAUUCCGCCGGUCAAGUCGAGCCCUGCUGUCUCCCCACUCAAAACAUCCACAAAGGAGGUAAAGUCAGUUGAGCAAAAGAUAUCAGAGCAAACUGAACCCCAGGUCAAAGCUCCUCCGGCAGGAACAAAGAAAACGGACCAUCGUCCACAAGAACCUUCAAAAGUAGGGACCUCCCAAGUCCCUCCCAAAGCAACCCAGUCUAAUUGUCCUCUUUGCAAGGUUGAACUUAAUAUGGACUCCAAGGUUUUAUCCAAUUACAACACAUGCACUGCAUGUAAAUCCACAGUCUGCAACAAAUGUGGAUUUAGUCCCAUGCCGAAUAAAGCAGAAGGAAAAGAGUGGCUGUGUCUUAACUGUCAGAUGCAAAGGGCACUUGGGGCUUCUGAACCCCUUGGGCUUCCCCUUAUAAAAGCACAACCAUCCCCGAGCAAAGAAACACCCCCCCCCUCAAAGGAAAAAGAUACAGCAAUACCAGCUUCUCAGGAAGAAACCAUUCCAUUAAACAUUAAGGUUGUUAGUGUUGUCACAACCAAAGAAAGUGAAUCCCCAGCUGUUGGUGAACUGAAUGACAAGGCAACACCUGCAGCUGCUUCAUUACCUGAAAAAAGCGGUCCUACUGCAAUCAAGAAGACUAAUGUUGCAUCUAUUUUACCUGAGAAGACCCCUAAAGUACAUCCUGGAUUAUCCCAGAAGCAGCCUCUAGAAUCUGUAACCUCUACUGAAAAGGUUGUUCCACCAACAGCACCAGAAGCAGCAAAAAUAACUUCUCAACAACCUGCAAAAGCCAUAAAACCUCCAAACAAAUCUGUACCACCAACAACUCAACCUGCAAUACAGGAAUCGGGAGGCUUCUUUGGUUUUGGUGGUCCUAAAACACAACCCACUGCCGCCAAACCUGCUGAAUCAGUGACUGGGAAGAUGUUUGGCUUCGGGUCAUCCUUCUUAAAUUCAGCAUCCGGUUUGAUAACCUCAGCUGUUCAAGAUGAAACUAAAACGACACCACCGACGCCACGCAAGAUAUCCAUGCAGGCCUCUCCUAAGACAACACCGCCUGCCUCUCCUAAAACAUUACCUGCAAAAGACAACAAAGCACCAGCUCUCCAGAAAACAGAGGAAGCAAAACUGGACAAACCACAGGGGAAAACUACUCCCUCAUUUAUAAAAGAUAAAGUUGUUAAAGCGCCGGUUGAAUCCCCCAAGGCACCUGCAGACACUCAGGGGGCUCUAAAAGCAGCUCAGUCCACCUGCCCACUCUGUAAGGUACAACUCAACAUGGAUGGCAAAGGUGCUCCCAACUUCAACACCUGCACGGAAUGUAACGCAACGGUCUGUAACCAGUGUGGAUUUAAUCCAAUGCCCAAUGUAAAAGAGGUACAAGAAUGGCUCUGUUUGAAUUGUCAGAUGAAGAGGGCACUUGGAGCCUCUGAGCCCAUCGGACCUUCUGCUGUGAUACCACAGCCCCCACCACCCAAGAUUACUCCCCCAAAUUCUGAAAAAAAGGAUACAGUAGUCCAGCCCAAGGAGUCGACGCUAAUCACAAAAGAGGGCACUAAAGUGGAAAAUAAGGCUCCCCAGGUAAUAACACCCAAAACGACGGAUCAAUUGCAACAGGGUUCGAUACCAAAGCCAAAUGAUCCUUCGGUUGAUGGUCAAGAAAAGGCCCAGUUUGUGGCCGACCAGACAAAGGAGACUGGAAAAAUGCGACAGGCAGAUGAUUUUCAAACUAUAAAAACAGAAGUCAAGGCAGUUACUUCAAACCCGGCAGAUGCAAAGCCACCUCAACUGCCUUCUAAAUCCCCAACUCCUCCUGUCACUUCCACAGCAGUACCAGCUGUGUCUGCAAGGAGGAAGUCUGGGGACGUUUCCCAAACUCCAAAACCAGAAGUCAAGUUAGUAGCUGCAAAACCGCCAGAUGGAAAACCGCCUCAACAGCCCUCUAAAUCUCCAACUCCUACUGUCAAAUCCACACCACCACCAGCUGUUUCUGCAAAGAAGGAGUCUGGGGGGUUCUUUGGAUUCGGUGCACCCAAAACUCAACCUACUCCUUCUGCAAAGCCUGCUGAGAGUGUCACCGGGAAAAUGUUUGGAUUUGGCUCCUCAAUUUUCAGCUCUGCAUCCACACUGAUAACCUCGGCUGUUCCAGAUGAGCCUAAAACUACUCCCCUGGUCUCUCCCAAGAUUUCCCAUGCAAAGGCUGCACAGAAACCACAAUCACCUCAAAUAGCCAAACCUGCUGCUACAUUGGCCCAGGCUAAGGUAGAGACAAAGCCAUUUGAAGUCACAGAAGUGUCAGGAAGCCCCAAAGCGGAUAUUCCCAAUGCAGAUCUGUUCACCUGUCCGCUCUGUAAGGUUGAACUCAACAAGGCCACCAAUGAACCUCCUAAUUAUAACACCUGCACCGAAUGCAAGAGCCUUGUAUGUAACCUCUGUGGAUUUAAUCCCAUGCCUCAUACAGGAGGGAAGGAAUGGCUGUGUCUCAACUGCCACACCCAAAAGGCUUUGUUGGGCCAACUGGGAGACUCAGGGAAAAUGCCUCAGCCUUCACUCAUAUCGGUACCACAAGAGACCCAAGCCAUACAUGCGACCAAAAAGGCAGAACCCCAGCCACCCCCUACGAAUGAUGCGGAUGUGGUUACAAAACCACCAAGUAUGCCGACCUCGACCAAAAUGGUAACAACAGGUGAAACAAGAAAAACAGAAACCCCACCGGCGGCAGCUCCAGCAAAGGUUGAAGUCCAAUCUACACUUGCAGCCAAAGCAGUGAAGGUUUCACCUGUAAAAGAGGAAAACAAACAUUUAGUUGAACCUGCAGCAGAACCAGUUAAACCAGUGAUCGUCUCCGAUCCUACAUUGCCAAGUGUAAAUGUUUCCAAAAGUGUAACAGUUGACAGAAAAGAAGAACUAGAGAAAGCAGAGGCAAGUGGGGAACAAAUUCCCCAAAUGUCUAAACUUGACCUCUCAGAAGCAACAGUUGCAGUUUCUACAAAUGAACCAAGGCAGCUCUCAUCAGAGAAGUUUGCUGUCAAAAUACCAAAUGCUGAAGACCAAAUAAAACUAAGUGAGCCUUCCACAUCUGCCCAGAAAGUUCAGGUUCAGGAGCAGUCUCAAGAGCCAUCAGAUGUUCCAGAGUUGACACCAUUUGACAGUCAUAAAGUUGAAAAGUCAACUGAAAAUAUAGCUGACCCCGCAGUCCUCCCAAAGCCGCAAACAGACUCUACAAAGGAUAUGACAGUGAAAGUGGGAGAUGAAACAGCAAAAGAGUCGGAAAAAUUGGAAAAAUCUCCAGAUGAACUGGAGAACAGAGUUGUGUCCAAGUUAACGCCCAAGCCAACAUCUGAAGCUGAAGAAGACGCUCAACCUCAGGUUUUACCCUUAUCAGAGGAACCACAUGUGGAGCAGGUGGUAUACAAUGUGACUAAAAAUGACACAGAGGAAGAGAAUAGCCUGCCAGUUAAGGAGGCUGUCGAAAGCGGGAAAAGGCGGCAUAGUUUCCAAGCAAUGGAAGAGAGCAGCGGGAGUGAUAUGACGCCUUCACCUUCCCCUGAGGUUCAGAGGAGGAAGCUGAAGGUAACCGAUGUGUCAUCUAUCAGUGAGGACCUCAAAACAGAAAGCGCUGACUCGUCUAUAGAAGAUGAAGCCUUCAUUUGCAGUCAGAUCAUGGGUAUGGGCGACGAAGGGGAAAUGUCUCUUUCAGACAAUGAGAAGGGAAACUGUCAAAUGAGGAGGAAACUGUCGAGUGAAGAAGUCUUCAAAAAGUCUGCGCUUGAUAAUGCCUCCAUAAAACACAAAUCACUCUCUAGCAAAGGUAGCACAGAUAAUGAAGGCAUGCUAGUAUGGACAAAAUACCCUCUAACGAUGAGCGAGGCAACUUCACAUGAAACAGUUCCCAGCACAACUUUCAAGAAAGCUAUUCCGGUCAUCAGACAUAGACAAAGCACUGAUGAAGAGGUAGAGAGCAUCACUGAAUCCCUGUCAAAGGGCUCAUCUAGCGUGCAAGCGUCUAGCUUCACUCCAGGGUCAUCACCUACGUCAGCGUCUUCCCUGGAGGAGGACAGUGAUAGCAGUCCGAGUCACAGGAGGAUUAGCGGGGACAAACAGUAUCGCAAGGGUAAACACAGACAUGCCACCCAGCCACUCCCCACCAUUGAAGACUCCACCGAUGAAGAAAAAUCUCAUAAAGAAAAGAACCAACUCAACGUGCAUGGCCGCUUGUCUCCAAAUCAAAGUGCCUCCUCUGUAGAGGAUCUUAGACAAGGCACGGUAAUGGAUGAAACCGGUAAAACAUCAGGGUCUGAGUACUGGGCCAGCAUAGAAUCAGAGCCAGAAGCAAAACAAGCUGUACAGAGAGGAGGGAAACCUUCUCCAACAGUGAUACCAUACAUUCCAUCUGAGCCUUUUGAAAGGAAUGAAAGUGAUUCCAAAUCAUUAAAGAGUGCAAAAGAAGCAUAUGAGGACAUUCUCCAGAAAGCUAAAGCUAUCCCAGGUGAUAGUCCUCCCGGUGUUGAGCCGCUUUAUGGUGGAAUUUCAAUUGAGGACUAUCUUUAUGAAUCCUUGGUUGAGGAGCCCAAGAUGAUGAUGACUGGCUUUCAAGACAUCGAACCUAAACAUGAACUCAGCCCAGAACCUUUGAAGAAACUCAGGUCUCCAGAGGAGGUUUAUGAAGAGAUGAUGGAAAAAAAGAGGGAAUUGAUGAUGAUAGAACAAGAGUUUAAACAGGCCCAGACAGCAUUGGAAUCUGCCUCAUCUGUGUCUCCUCAAGAUCUUAAGACCUGUGUUGUAGCCAUGCCCAAAGAAGCCAUAUCAAACACUGGAGAAAGCAUGACUCCUGAAAGUGGUGAAGCUUCCGAUGAAGCACCGGUCAAGAAGAAGAAACGGCCUGCCCCACCACGCCCUACUCAACCUCCUAAGCGAACUGAGGUCACUGUUGCUCCGAACACAACAUCUGGUUCUAUAGGUUUUGUUCGACCCAUGGUACCUCUCGAUCCUUCACUUAGAAAGGCACUCUUCCCCAUACCUGACCUCAAGAUUACACAGUGUUCAUCAGGGGAGGAAGAGGAUGACAGUCUGGCAGAUGAGUAUGGUGUUGGUAUUUCAUCCGAAAUUACCCCAAGUGAUGAUUCUGAAACUAAAGAUGAUCAAUCUAUAAGCCCAACCUUGUCCGAGACAACUGAAAUGGAACCAAUAUCUGUGGUGCGUGAAAUCCCAGAAGCAAAACCUAUUCCAACUCCAAUAUCCGCCCCAGAACUGACCACUACACCUUCCCCUGUAUCAUCACAGUCACCACCAACUUCACCGGCCACACCAGAUUCCAGCCUGGAAUCUAAUGCUACGUCUUCAUCCUCCUACCAGGUUCAAACACCUCUAUCGUCAGACUCAACUCCUCUCUCUACGCCGACAACUUCUUUCUUAACUCAAACCCCACGAGAGGGUUCACCACUGAUGUCUGCUAAAGGUGAGGUAUCUUCUAGAGAAAGCUCGACAGUUAUAGUAGUGAUUCCAGAUGUGGUGUCUGAUCCGUCUAAAGCUGAAACAGCUGAACUGGACCAAGCUAAGUCUUCCUUUCCUGUAGCUACAAUGUCAGCUUCAAGAGAGACGCCUCCACCAGUGAUAGUUGAAAUGCCAGACUUGGUUUCAUCUCCCUCCCAAAUGCCCAUUGAGGCGACAUCAGUGCUAAAGUUGUCAGCUGCAAGCCCAGAAUCUGUCCCUAUCGAAGCCAAGCCUACAGCACAAUUUACUGAGUCCCCUGUUACCAGUAUUAUUCAAGGAUCUGUUCCAUCUUCAGCUCAUGUAGCUACUUCUACUGUUACUCCUGUAGUAUCCCACGAACCAGUAAUUGUCCAGAUGCCUGACCUGGUUUCGACUACAUCUCAAUUCUCAACACAAACAUCUAUGUCAGUCUCAACAAUCACAGCCCAGGCACAACCAAAUGUUGUACACUCAGUCCAACCAGCUGCCACAUCAAUGAUCCCCGUAUCUGCCCCAUCUACUACUAUAGUCAAAAAGAAAGUCCCACCUCCCCCUCCCCCGCGGUCUACAUCAGUUUCACUAUCUGAGCAUGGUGGAGCGCAGCUGCCGAUAAGGCGUGCUCAGCAUGUAUCCACUACUGUGGCUUCCACCAUCACUACAGCAGCCACCGUUGUAGCCCAGCCAAUGCAGUCUGUAGUUGUGGAUAUACAGCCACAAAUGGAGGAUAUGAAACCAGAUGAUGUGGCUGUAGCUCAAAUAGUGACCCCAACGAGAGCAGGGCAUGUGGUCAUCAUAGUGCCAAGUGUAGAAAACAUGUCUCGGAUUUUCCAAACUCCUCAAGACAGCACAAACACGUCCACUGUACAUCAGGCACCAAGUAGUCAAAUAGUCACAGACCAUGUGAUUGUGAGUUCAACCACAGAUUCACCAUUGCCAUCCGCUAAAGUGUCAGCAGUGCCAGUUCCACCACUCCCACCUAAACCUGCAGUGAGAACAAAUUUAGAAACGGUAGAAAUACCUGUCGCUGAUACACCUCCACCACCUCUUUCCACUUUACCAAAGCCCACUAUUUAUUCAAAGUCACCAGUUUCUGCUUUAGCAACAGCAUCCCAGGUUUCUGUUACAACAGCUGGCACUAGUCAUUUUUCCAAGGCUCCUCCACCAAUACCACCGAAGCCUGUAAUAAUUCCAGCUGGACUGGUGUUCAGCCACAAACCAGGAGAAAGUGUCAAGCCACCUCCUGUUGUUGCACCAAAAGCUGCAACACUGCCUCGGACAAAAGCACCUCCAAAUGCCCUCUCACUAAGCCUGACUCGACCUGUGGAGAGUAACUCAGGGGCAAUGUCUCCCAAGUCACCAUUAUCUCCCAGACACGCCAAAUGUUUAAAAACAUAUGUGGUGAUAACUCUGCCAUCUGAGCCUGGCUCACCAACAGAAGUGAUAACAGUUCAGGCACCGAUAAGACGAGGAUCCAUUCCAGCUACAAAAGGGCCAGGCGUUCGAACGACCCCUUCAGAACAAAAAACACCAUUUGAAACGUUUUCGGCAGAGGCCACAGUCAGGAGCGCAUCGGUCCCCACUGUAAGACAUCCACCGCCAGUAACCAUAGCCUCAACUGUUCCUUUACAACAAGUGGCACCCAGUUAUACUGUGGUCUCUAAAGUGCAACCUGAAAGGAAUUAUUUUGUGACACACCCUGAUCAGGAAACACCAAUUCAGGCAUGUAGUGUACCAGACCCAAUAAAGAAGCCAUAUACACCUAUUGUAAUGAAGCAACAACAAGCCAUUUAUCAGCCCUUGCCAUCUACAGCAAUACAAGAAAACAUCAUCAGGACUUCAGUGAUAGGUGCUCAGAUUGAAGCCACUGCAACAUCACAAUCUGACUCAUCUGUCACUCAACAUCCAAAAAUAGUCUCAGAAGACAUAACACUUUUACAAGAGGUUUUACCUGAUACUCAAAUUCCAGUGGCCCAAAUACAAACAAUGCCGACCCAACAGCCUCUGACACAACAUGUCUCUAUUCUGCUAGAGCCUAGAUUAACUUCAGAUGUACCAAUUCCCCGAGAAAGUACAGUGACAGUAUAUUCCAAUGGUCUUCGUAAACAGCAUGAAAUUGAAAUAGAAAAUGCUCAACUACAACCAGAAAUUGCUGGAGGAAUCAUUGUCACAGAGGCAGUAGCAAAGUCACCAAUGGCAAUGAGUUACCAACUACCUGGAGCAACUGAGCAAAUAUCCUAUUCUGCAGCUGGCUGGACGACACGUCAAACAGUAACAGAACCACAAAAGGAUUAUGUUGUUACAAUACCAGAUGUACCAACAUUACCUCAGGUGCAUCACGAGGUUGCACCAGCUCCCGCAAUAUCAACUCCCAAAGUAAUUCCUUCGUUUGUUAUAAUGGAGUCACAACAUGUGACCCCACAGCCACAGGAGCCUCCUAUGAUUUAUACGCCUCCAAUGCCAUGUCCUACACCUCCACUUAAAGUAAUUGCAUUGCAGCCAGACCAUACACACAUUAGAACAAUGGAGGCUGUGGUGAGACAAGCACCAAUGACAUCCAUGAUAAAAUCUCAGGCAGUGGCUUCAAGUGAAAGAAGGACAUCGAUGUCAUCCAUAGGAAAAGCACCAUUCAGCACAAGUGAAAUAUCUACCUUUCCUGGAGAUUAUGACAUGCCGGCUGAUGUUGUCAACAUCGGGGCCUUUGCUACCACAAGAAGACCAUCUUUAACCAUGCAGCAACCAUUGGUAAUAAACAUACCAGCUGAAAAAGAUAUUCCUGGUGAUGUGUAUGACACUUACAGAACAGCUUCAUAUCGUUCAGUUGAACAACCACAGCUAAUAACAUGUUCAUCUGAAUAUGAUUGCCCACUGGAGAUAAUAACCACUGAGGCGUACACAAGGAGAACCUCAAUACCUGCUAUACAGGACAUUCCACCUCAUUCAGCUGUUGCUCCGAUCACCAUUACUAAAAUUCAGCAAGAGUCCAUUGAGAGCCAAGAGAUUCGAGGACCCGAGAAGGUUGUCUCCAGUAUGAGCCACAAGUAUUCUUCUUCAGUUUCAACCACAGGGCAGCCUGCUGAAAUCGUGCCGAGCUUAGUCACUCAAGUUGUCACGACUGAGGUCCAGAGAACUACUGUAUCUGUUGUCCAUGAAAGACUUCCGCAGCAUACUCCAGCCAGUGUACCUUGCACUAUAAAACAACAUGAAAGUAAAUACCAAGCUCAACCUAAGCAAAAUGGAAAGAUAAUCCAUCAAGGGGAUAUUAUGGAUCUACGGACCAUGAAAGUUGGUGUGGAGAUGACCGAAAAAGGCAUGGAUCUAACUCCUCCUGAGUUAUAUCGACAGUCAUCCAAUGACCCUGCGCGUCAGAUCACAGCAGUGCAGCCUGAAAUAGUAAAUCUCAGUGCUGAGGUUGUCCCUGCGACUACACUGGCUGUAGUAACUGACAGUAUCACAAUCGUCACAUGCACAGCCACCAUUGCUUCAUACAGCAACACUCCAGCAGAAAAACCACUCGACUUGCAGGGACCUGUUGCAUCCUUACCCCUGCCUCUCACCACAUACAAACCAUGCGAACCACUGGCACAAAUUGUAUACAGACCUGUCAAUGCCCAGCCUGUAGUCGUUGCUGUACCAUCCACAGCUCAAGACAUACCAAUUAAUCUUUCCUAUGGAGCAUUCGUCAGAGGAGGCCAACAACCAAUGACUCCGGCCUCAACAGAUUUCAACAGUGUUCUGUCUUUGGAGGCGACAGGUGCCAUGGAUCUGUCCAAUUACAGACCGGUGAGGUCUAUGGUAGCUUUAUCCGAAACAAGUCCUGAAGUAAUAACCACUGUUGUUGAGGAUGAUUUGACACCAGUUGAUCUCACAGCUGGUAGAAGGAGUGUAUGUUGUGAUGUUAUAUACAAAUUACCUUUUACUGGAAGCUGUAGAACACAACCCACUGUCACAAUACAGUCUGACAACCGUUUGGUUCACAGAGAUAACACCUAUCAGUAUGAUGGAGCUGGGCAGUUUAGCAUAAGAGGCUUGAAUGGUGAAAAAACAUUGAUAUCUGAUGCAAGCCUGAGAGAUGUAGGACUCUUUCCCUAUGAUCCCAACAAAGACUAUGAAUACCACAAUGGAUCUACAGACGGAGCCAUAGACCUCACUGCCACCAGACGUCCUACUGGUAAAGCCCUAGACUACACUAGCAAAGCUACUGCAGCCUUGGCUGGGAUGUCUCCUUCACCAUCUUCUCAGGACACACUCGCUGUGUUCGGUGUCAGUAGUGCUCUAAGAACUUCAGAUGGAAUAGUUUAUUCCUCUGUAUCUGCCCCAGUUCCAUCAACAUAUGCAGUUACCACCCAACCUGGCUCCAUCUUUAGCACCACCUUAGUGCCCACAUCAACAGUUCAAAAUGAGUCUGUGCCCCAACAGUUUGGCUUCAUCUCUGCCACAGACCAAAGACAAACUAUUUCCUAUGAUACAGGGCUACCAAAGGAGCUUCUACCCAUGGCACUGGCUGACAUCAUAACAGGAUAUCCAGAAAUGUACUCAGAUGCCACAUUGGAAGCACUAGCAGCUUCUCUGGAUGCAUUAGCCUCCUCCUCAAUUUUCCCUGGUUUAGACAGCACCAAGAUGGCUCAGUACCAGAUGGAGAGGGAGUUUCUCGAGCUAGAGAAGCUUAAACAGCUAUGUCUUGCUGAGGAGUUAGAGUGGGAGAGACAAGAGAUCCAGCGCUAUCGUGAACAGGAGCAGCUCAUGGUGCAACAAGAACUUGAGGAACUCCAGGCUCUGAAACAACAGCUUCUCAUGCAGCAAGAAGAAGAGCACCAUGCUCACAUGAUGGCCCAGCAGGAGACAUAUGCCCAGCAGAAAGAGCAAUUGCAGCAAAUCCAGCAACUCCAGAUUCAACUUCAGCGGCAGUUAGACGAGCACUAUGGUAGCACAGGUACCACGACAAACCUUCUUGAGGCCAAGUAUGCAGGAGUAGGAGACAGUGGACAAUACUGGCCUGUAAAAGAUGAGAAUGCAGGUCCACCUAUUGGAGUACAGUUAGAAGAAAGCCAGGACCAUCAUAACAAAGCAAAACGGCUUCAGGACGAUCAGGACACAUGCAAAAAGAUCAUUGACAGUGGGGUGCAGACUGAUGACGAAGACUCGGCUGAAAAGCUGCAUGUUGGAAGAAGAAAGAAGAACAAAAGAAACAAUGAUAGCUCAGCUCCGAGUGAUGAUGAGGGCCAGGACGAAUCGGAGGCUCCUGCAAAGGCUCGACGACGCUCUCGAAAACACAGCAGUGAAGGAAAACAUAGCUCUAAGGUGUCCAGUAUUGCUAUCCAGACGGUUGCUGAGAUAUCUGUUCAGACCGACCACUCUGGCUCGAUCAAAAGACCUAAAGUCCAGAUGGACACCAAGGUGGAAAUAAUCAAACACAUCUCAGCUCCUGAAAGCUCUCAGAGAGGGGGAAGUCUGAGCUGUCAGACAGAUUCAGACAGGAGGCACACACCCACUGAAGUGGGUUACAGCACAAACCUCACAACUGACGCCAUGGCUAGAUCGAGAGGUUUCUAUACAUCAGUUUCCCCCCUAUCUCAUGAUACAUCACUUGGAGGACAGAGAAUGCUGACUGCUGACCCAAGCAGAUUUUCUUCUUGCCCUCGGUUGAAGCCUGGUCAGAAGUCUUUAUCUGAUCCUAAAUCUCUGAGUCCUGCUACAGAAGAAAUGAUGGCUGUCUACUAUGCAGACACGUAUUCAGGUCGAGUCUCCCCUUCCGGCGGCACAGGUAAGAAGGUCAAGCGGACACUACCAGAUCCACCUCCAGAGGAGGUGGAUCCGCUGAUGGGACGCUCAGGCUACAGCACCAACUCUGCCCGCCGUCGGCUCGCUCGCAGCACUACAAUGGCCCGGGCCAAGAUCCUGCAGGACAUUGACAAAGAGCUUGAUAUGGUGGAGAGGGAAUCUUCAAAACUACGCAAAAAACAAGCUGAACUGGAUGAAGAGGAAAAGGAAAUUGAUGCCAAGCUACGGUACCUGGAAAUGGGUAUCAAUCGGCGAAAGGAGGUCUUGCUGAAAGAGCGAGAGAAGCGGGAGAGGGCUUAUCUCCAGGGAGUGGCAGAGGAAAGAGAUUACAUGUCAGACAGUGAGGUUAGCAACAUCAGAGAUGACCGUAGUGACGGCUUGGAGAGGCCGCGAACGGCGCCCCAAUCAGAGUUUGAUCAGUUCAUACCCUCGCAGGCAGAAGCUGAUUCCCAGUACAACACACUCACAAGUCCCUACUCUCAUUACGGCCAAUAUGUUCCCCAGACUCAAACCACCAGCCAUUAUACCCAACAUAAUCUGUAUGAGCCGCAGUCUGUUUACCACCAACAGGUUUCUCCUUAUCAACAUGUCUCAACCCUAUCCCUCUCCCAUGGUGAGGAUCAGACUAGCAACUACCAACAUGCUCUGCUCUUACAACAAGGAAAGCAGCGUCAAACCAACCUGUCUGAUUUAGAGCCCAAGAUCGCCACUAACUAUGAGGUCAUACGUAACCAGCCUCUAAUCAUUGUGCCAACCUCCUCUGAAAGUGGCUUUGGGGUGGCUCAUCUUGGAGGCAAGUAUGGCAGCUUGGACUUGAGGCUAGGACUAGAGGAGAGAAGUAUGGCCUCGAGUCCCAUGUCAAGCAUCUCUGCGGAAUCGUUCUACGCUGAUAUCGACCAUCACAAUGCCAGGAACUAUGUGCUGAUUGAGGACAUAGGGGAGCUCACCAAGGCCUCCACAGGAUUGGGUACCACUGGCUUGGGUUCUGGAUUUAACCUGCCUGAUAAGGAGUUGUCCAAGGCAGACAGACUACUUAGGGCAGCUGAAGUCAGACGCACAGAGGUAGAAGAUUUCUUAGGCCAGUCCCAAAUUCAAGGUUAUGGUAAAGGAGAAGAAGACACAAUGGUGGAGCCUUAUGAGUUAAAGCUACUGAAGCAACAGAUCAAGCAAGAGUUCCGGCGAGGAACUGAAGGACUAGAACAUUUAUCAGCAUUGGGCCUUCCCCAGUAUCUGCCAAGCGAUAGCAGCUUUCGCCACUUCCCAAAAGGUGAAAAAUAUAGCAUUGGAAGGCUCACUCUUGAGAAGCAGGCUGCAAAACAACUCCCGGCUGCUGUGCUAUACCAGAAACAGAUGAAGAACAAAAAGGCUUUAAUAGACCCAAAAGCCAUCACCAAAUUUUCCCCCAUUCCGGAGAGUCGAGAUUUGGAGCCAGACUUUGCCAGCUACAUGGGAUCUGGAGCUUCCUCUGUCACCAACCUGGCUGCCAGGGCAAGGCUACUUCAGGAUGAGAUUACAUUUGGACUGAGAAAGAACUUAUCCGAGCAGCAAAAGUAUUUGGGCGCCUCACUGGGAGCUAAUCUUGCUGGUUCUCUGGGGCAAUCUCUUGGAAUGGGGUCCACUAUUAGGACCUCUGUUCAGGAUGAUGGCACCUACCCAAGUGGCAGCCGUUCCAGACCGUCGUCUCGUGCUUCUUCCCGACCCUCCUCUGUCUAUGGCUUGGAUCUAUCAAUCAAACGGGAUCUUUCCAGCUCCUCACUGCGACUUAAAACUGAAGGGGAGGUGUUGGAAGCAGCAUUUGCUCCUGGCGUGACCAGAACAAAGCCCACCAGUUUGCCUGUCGGCCAAAGCCGGGGCCGUAUUCCCAUCGUGGCUCAGAACUCUGAGGAGGAGAGCCCUUUGAGUCCGGUGGGGCAGCCAAUGGGUAUGGCUCGGGCUUCGGCGGGACCUCUCCCUCCAAUUUCCGCCGACUCCAGGGACCAGUACGGCUCGAGUCAUUCCCUGCCAGAGGUCCAACAACACAUGAGGGAAGAAUCUCGAACUUGCGGCUAUGACCGAGAUAUCGCAUUCAUCAUGGAGGAUUUACAAGGUGCCAUGUCAGACAGUGAAGGACUCAGUGAGUCCGUGCUGGUGUUGAACAGAGAGGAAGCCAGAAUCUUUCAUGACAGUAUCGCACACGCUGGAGGCCCAAACUGGAAUAUAGAAGCCUACCAUCUGAGACGAGAGGACACCGACUGGUUCGACAAGCCAAGAGGACAACCGCAGGCCAGACAUAUGGCAGACAGGAGACAAAUGAAACUGGCCCCUUAUGUCUUCCCUCACACUCGUGUCAACCUCACCAGAGACCAGAGGGACUCGAGCGUGUCAGGGAAUGGUCUCGGGAUCCGGGUGGUCGGCGGAAAGGAAAUCCCGGGAAGCCGAGGGGAGAUCGGAGCCUACGUUGCCAGAGUCGUCCCUGGUGGCGUCGCGGAGCAAACAGGAAAAGUAAUCGAGGGCAUGCAGGUGCUGGAGUGGAACGGUGUGCAGCUAACAGGAAAGACCUACGAGGAAGUGCAAGGCAUCGUGGGCCAGCCGUGUGCAGAGGCGGAGCUCUGCGUGCGCCUCGACCUUAACAUGCUGUCUGACCCCGAGCACCCACAAGUCCUGGAGCACCACGUCCAUCUUAAAGCUGUAGGAGGCCAGCGAUCGCCUGGCGUGGAUCCCAAGCAGCUGGCCGCAGAGCUGCACAAGGUGUCCCAGCAGCAGGCGCCGGGCGUGAUGGGGGGGACGGGCGCGGGGCUCGGAGGGCCCGCGUGUCUGGGCGUGCUGUCGGCGCUGGAACGCUCGGCUCUGCUCCAUUCGGGCACCGGGUCGGCCGGCUCCAGCGGGGUGCCCAGCCCCGGCCAGCCUGCGUCGCCUGCCGUAAAUAAGAAACAGCGACACAAGCCAACUGACAUGAUAAGGAUAUCUCAUCCCAUUACUGGAGAAAUUCAGCUGCAGAUCAACUACGACAGGAACGUGGGGAAUCUGAUUGUGCACGUGCUCCAGGCCAGAAACCUGGCGCAGAGGGACAACGACGGCUACUCGGACCCUUUCGUCAAGGUCUACCUGCUGCCAGGGAGAGGCCAAGUCAUGGUUGUCCAGAAUGCAAGUGUGGACAACAAGAGAAGGACCAAGUACGCCCAGAAGACCAUGAACCCGGAAUGGAACCAGACGGUCAUCUACAAGAACAUCCAUCUGGAACAGCUGAAGAAAAAGACUCUGGAGGUGACAGUGUGGGACUAUGACAGAUCCUCAUCCAAUGACUUCCUCGGAGAAGUCUUGAUCGACUUGUCCAACACAGCCCAGCUGGACAACACACCUCGUUGGUUGCCACUUAAGGAGCAGAGCGAGAGCAUCGAGCACAGCCGAGCCCACCACGGGGUUCAGGGGCCACCUGGGUCUGGAGCCGGGCAGGGGCACGGUGCCCAAGACCACCCGUCAGGGCCCGGGACCGGGCACGGUAUGGGACAAGGGCCAGAGCAUGGAGAAGGGAGCUAUGAUUCACCCAUUAACUCUGUAAUCAAGAGCAGAAGCCAUGGAAUCUUCCCUGAUCCAUCCAAAGAUUUGCAGAUGUUGCCUCUGGAAAAGUCCCACAGCAGCCCGGGCAGCUCCAAAUCUUCCUCGGACGGCCAGCUCCGCUCGCACGGGCCGUCGCGGAGCCAAAGCAAGAGCAGCGUCACCCAGGCCUACCUGGAGGACGCCGGGAUAGCCAUCGCCGCCGCCGAGGCUGCCGUGCAACAGUCCCGCCUGCAACCAAGACCUGGGCACCGGCUGGGGGACAUUUCGGGGCCUGUGGUGCUGUCUGCCCCCAGCCUGGUGGGUGACGCCUACGGGGGCGGUCUGGACGGGGGUGCUGGUGGAGGAACCGGAGUGGACAGCGCCAUAUUUCAAGUGCCGCGGAUUGGUACGACGAUUCCCAACGGAACGGACAAAAACCACAUGGGAACGCCAGAGAAUGAAGGCGGUAAGACCCAAGUGAUGGGAGAGAUCAAGGUGGCUCUGAAGAAGGAGGUGAAGACAGACGGGGAUCAGUUGGUCCUGGAAAUCCUGCAGUGCAGAAACAUUACUUACAAGUUCAAAAGUCCCGACCACCUGCCAGACCUGUACGUGAAACUGUACGUUGUCAACGUGGCCACUCAGAAGAGGAUCAUCAAGAAGAAGACCAGAGUUUGCCGGCACGACCGGGAGCCUUCGUUCAACGAGACCUUCCGGUUCCCCCUCAACCCCACGGGACACUCCAUACAGCUAUUCCUGGUGUCCAACGGGGGCAAAUUCGUGAAGAAGACCCUGAUCGGGGAGGCCUACAUCUGGCUGGACAAGGUUGACAUGAGGAAGAGGGUGGUCAGCUGGCACAAGCUGCUUGUCAGCUCUGCGCCCAGCAACCUCUGAGCAAAUUAUCCAACAAUAUUAAUAAUGAUAAUCAUAAUAAUUUAAAACAAAACAAAACAAAAAAUGAAAGACUAUUAUAUCCAUUGACAUCAGUGCACAAUCGGGAGGUAUGAUGUGCUAAUAACUGCCGAGGUUGAAUUGGACUUGCGUAUACAUCUGACACAUAAAGAUAUGAUGUGAAAGAAUAGAGUUUGCCUACUGACAAUCUGGUACAGGUUACAAUAUAUUGUAAGAGGACAGUGAUGGGGACCGUAAAGUGCAAAAUUGGUCAACUGCAGGGCACAUAUAGUCAAAACAAAUAUUUACUGCACACUCACGUUCACGCCUAUAGACAACUUUGAGGCUGACGCAUUUUUUUGGAACGUGGAAAGAAGUUGGAGUGGCCGCAGAGAUUCAAACCCGGGCCUUCUCCACUUUUAGCCAGAUGUGCUAACCACUGCUCAACUGUGCUGCCGUACUAAAUUCAUGAAAAAAAAAAAAAUAUGACAAAAGGAUCAAAGGUUUCUUACCAAUGUUGCCAUUGGGUCCCCACCUUUGCCGUCCGAUACGAGUGGGAGACGCACCUCUAAAAUGGUCACAUGCUAGUCAGCAUUUUGCACUGUACGCUUGAAACAGUGUCCCGGGGGAAUGUUCCAACACUAGAGGAUGACUAGUGUUCACUUAUCGCUUAUCAACACCUCCCUCCCGCCCGGACUUACCUAGAAUGUCAAGGUUCCUCGAUCUGUGUAUGUGUUUGUGUGUUUGACUCCCGGUGCAACACGGUGAACCAGCCUACUUCACUGCCUGUGACCAAAAAAAAACACAACAACAACAAAAAAACAAAAACAAAGAGAAAACACACCCUGGACACUUAAUUACAGUGCAGGUGAACCCUGUAUACAGUCGUGAUCAUAUUAAAAAAAACAAAGCGUCAACAUGUUUAUCAUAUCACUAAAUAUUAAAGAGGCUAUGAACAAGAUGUCACUUUAACAGCAAAAAAAUAUAUAAAUUAAAAAAUAUAUGACACUAAGAGUAAAAAUGUAGGAUUUUCUUUUUCUGGGAAUUGUUUUAUCGUGCCAUUUUCCGCUUCUUUUGAGGUACUUCUAUGCAAGAUUUAAUUUAAAAUUUUAUUUGUUUAUUUUAAUAAUUCAGUGUGUGUGUUGAAGUAUAAGGUCUAAAACAAAAAGAAUGGGGGGUAUUUAAUUUGUAACUGAUUUGAAUCCAAUGUGGAAGCUUGUGCACUUUAUCGUUUUCCUCAUUCAUGUCUUUUCGUGUCUCCCGCACUGGAAUGAAUUGUGGCGAUAGAACAUUUAACGUGGCGUGCGUUCAUUUGUGUCUAUGUAGCAAAUUUUAAAGAACAAAAAAAAUAAAUAAAUAAAAGAAAUAUAUACAUAUACUGUACAUGCGGGAGUUCCACAUAAAGGCAAUGCACAAUCUGACCACACCAAUAUGAAAACCAGUGUAAUGUACAGCAAGUGAAAACAUUAUUUCCAUGCAAAAUUGUCUCUUAAUGACUGUUUCCUGGUUCGACUCCCCUUAACUGUUUGUUCCGUUGCCUGUUGAUUGUGCAAUCAUCCAUGUGCGUGAAUGUGACUUUGACAGUGUACAUAAAGUGUUUAUUUUCUACAGAGUGAAUGGUUAUUUUGUCGAAAUAUGAGCAUGCGAGAGGAUGGGGAAGCAAAAAGACAUAAAAUAAAUGUACAGUAAAUAAUGCGUGUCUAUAGUUGUACAACACAAAUGAGGGUGGGGAAAAAUGUCUUUAUGUUGUGGAUGUUGCAUGUUUGGUCAGACACAUUAUGUAUAGAUUGAUCUGUAAGCUGACUGUAAAGAAAUAUGCUUAUAAAAUGGUCUUGUUUUUCCAAAAAAAAACAAAAAAAAAAAACAAAAAACAA